GGAAGUGUCAUAUCUCCAGUAGUUGACACGUGUUACCGUCGGUGACCGUUAGAUUAAUAAUCUCUGCUUCUUAUCCUUGUGAGGUUGUUCAAUGGCGCAGCUACUUUGUUUGCACUGAAAACGUGAAUAUAUGGCGAUUUCAAAGCCACCACCACAUAUCACUUUCUUUCACAAACAAGAUUCUUCAAUUGAUACAUCGGAUUCUAACUUAACAUUUUCCAUUGAUACAUCUAGAAGAAGAAGGAGACGAAGAGACGUUUUACUCUCAGUUUCAGGAACACUAAUCCCUCAAGUGUUCUUCUUUGAUCGUAAAUGGUCAGCUUCCGCGAAUGCCGCUGAUUUUUUCAACUUCGGCGCUACUCCACCUGAGCCUGAACGCACCGUCGAACUUGCUCAGGAAGGAUUAAGAAAAAAUGCAGAAAAUAUAAAAAGAAUUAAAGAGAUGAUGAUAGAAAAUAAAUUAUGGAAAGAAGGAGGGAAAGAGCUGAGGAGAAGUGCAUCAAACAUGAAGCAAGACUUUUACUUAAUCAUCCAAGCAAAGCCUCCUAAGGAUAGACCUCUUUUUAGGUCUCUUUAUUCCUCUCUUUUUAAUUCAAUCACCAAGAUGGAUUAUGCGGCAAGAGAUGAAGAUGAAACUAAGGUAAUGGAGUACUAUAAGAAUAUUGUUGCAAUCCUCGAGGAUAUCUUCCCUCGAAUCUAAUUUCGAACAAUAAUAAUAUUAAUUUAGGCAAUCAAUUCUCGUUUGUUGUCAUGUUCUUUCUUGUCUAUCCAAAAGAAAACACUAGUGAAAAUACAAGUGACAAGAGAAAAAGUUGGCAAAUGUUUUUUGUACGA